CUCACUUCAGACCGAUCGGUUGAACAGUUCGGUUCGUUUUCGACUUCGGCUUCAUGGCGAGAGAGCUAAGGAAAAAGUAAAAUAUAUAUAAAAACGCCGGAACUGCGGCCUAAACCUGUUUUGGCCAAGUGAUCACAACAACAAUAGCAGCGAAAACGCAUGCAAGUGACGAAACGACCUUAAGCAAAAGAAAAAUUAAAAAUAAAUUACUUGGCUCUCUUAUAAUAGUAUUUUACAUAUACAUUUUGAAACCUAAGAAAUUUAGUGACGCAGCGAGCCCAGGAAAAAACCCAAAGUGCAAAAUGCUGCAAAGUGAAUAGGAGUCACUAAAAAAAAUUCAUUCCGAUUAAUUAAAAAAUUAUACGUGGCUUACGAAGUUGAUAGAAGAAGCGAACGAGUCCGCGCCAGCAAAAAAAAAGGAAAACAAAAUGACUUUGGGCAACAAAGGCCGCAGCAAUGUUCUUUGUCUGCGAUUGCAGCGGCAAUUAUUGCUGAUUGUUGUAACGCUUUUCCUGCUUUUCCACGCCGCCCUGGCCGAGGGCGAAGAGGAAGAUGGUCCGUAUCGCGGAAAAUAUCUGGGAAAACUCAACUCCUACCAUCAUCAGGUGUCCGGCGAUGUGUACGCCGUAAAUGAGUAUACCUUCCUAAUAGUGGAAUUCAACUACGACGGCAACGGGGCGGAUACGUUCUUUUGGUCUGGCGCCAGUAAUCGCCCUGGACCUCAGGGCUUUAUUGUGCCCGAUGAGCAUGGCAAGACCAAUAUCCUGGAUCGCUAUCACAACAAGGACUUCACACUGACACUACCGGACCGAAAGAAGAUAACAGAAAUCAAAUGGCUGGCGGUCUACGAUCUGAGCAGUCAGAACAACUUUGGCGAUGUUUAUAUUCCCGAGGAGUUUGAGCCACCAAUGCCUCAGCUGGGCGGAACCUUCUCAAAGCGCAGCCACAAUGUGAGCAGCAGUAGCAUUGAGAUCCUGGACUCGAAAACCAUUCGCAUCAAGGACUUUACCUACGAUGGACAUGGCAAGCGCACUUUCUUCUGGGCGGGCGUGGGGGCACAGCCUUCGAGUCGUGGAAGCAAACUGCCGGAUGAGCGGGGAUACCUUGAUCCAAUCAGGAAAUAUAACAAGGAGACUGUUGAAUUGGAACUGCCGGGAGACAAGACAAUCUUCGACAUUGACUGGAUCAGUAUUUAUGAUGUAGCCGACAAUGAGAACUACGGUCAUGUGCUGAUCAACGAUGGACUCAAUGUACCACCCUCGCUGGUGAAAGUAACAAAAUACGAGUUCUCGCUGCCAAAUUGCCGGCAGCUGCACAAGGAUUUGCAGGUGUCCUGGGAGGUGUUUGGGCCCCAAAUCACGUUCCAACUCUCCGGACAGGUGGCUGCCAACGAUUACAUGUCCUUCGGCAUAUCGGGAUCCGAUGUCUCCAGCCAGAUGAUUGGCUCCGAUGUGGUGGUGGCCUAUAUCGACGCGAUCAGGGGCUACACCGUGGAUUACAAUAUCACUUCGCUGGCGCCCUGCGUUCAAGUUUUGGGCCAAAACAAAGGAGUGUGCCGUGACGAUGUGGUCGGUGGGUUGGACAGCUUUCAGUUGAACACGUACAGUCGCAAGGAGGGCAUCAACACGAUCAGUUUCAGGCGGACCCUCAAGUCAUCCGACGAUGGCGAUAAGGAAAUCUUUCUGGACCGCAGCAACUACGUGGUGUGGGCUUUUGGCCAGCUGGAUUCAAACAACGAACCCGCUUUUCACACGUACUAUCCCAAGAGUGAUAUAGUCAUUGAUUUUAACACUACGGAACCAGUGAACGAUUGCUUUGACUUUACCAAACGUAUGGAGACGGCCCCACCUCAAUUGUGGGAGCGAACCAGGAUAACAGAUGCAACGGUACGCACUUUUAAUGCGUAUUUGGGACCCUCAGGGGGACUUCGUGGCUAUCAGGGAUUGACGGGUCAUGUGUCCAGCGGAUUGUCUUGGUACAUAAAUGGAUAUAUGAUUCCAGAACUUUACCUGAAGCGCGGUCUGACCUACACCUUCAAGGUGAGGGGUGGUAAUAAUCCCCACUCGCCGGAGCACUACCAUCCGCUUGUUAUUACCGAUGAUCCUCAAGGAGGCUACGAUCGCUUAUCGGAUGCCAAACAGAGUGAAAUUCGUGUAUUGGCUGGAGUGGAGUUUACCAGAAGAGGCAGACCCAAGCCCACGGCUGCUGGGCCUUUGUGCCUCUCCAGAUAUCCUGCCAACUAUGAUCGCAGGCUGGAUGAUAACUUUCCCACUUUUAAGAAGUUCAAUCGAUCACUGAUCACCGAAUGUGUGGACGAGGCGCCGGCUUUGUUGGAAAUUACGCCGAAUAUCACCUGGCCCGAUACCGUGUACUACAACUCCUUUACCCACGGGAAUAUGGGCUGGAAGAUACACAUCGUCGACAGCUACACCAAUCUGAGAAGUGGGGCAAAUGCCAUAGCCUGGUCCUUAUGCGUCUUCCUGCUUCCUUGGCUGGUGCUCCAGUACUGACUGUUCUCUCACCCUUAGAUUCUCUUAUUUAGUGCCUUAGUCUUAAUUAAGCAGUCACAAUCUAUGUAUUUAAUACGCGUGUGUAGAAUGUAUGCUCCUGUUGUGUAUAUUAUUAUUUAAAUCGUAUUUAAAUACAGAACUGUGUUGUAUAUUAAAGU